AGAUCAUAUUCAACUAUCCUCCGCGGCCCUGGAAUUGAACCACCUCGGAAUACUUCACUUGUAUGUCAGUUUGGCCAUGCCCGAAGACCAGCAAACUCGCUCCGCGCUCAUAUUAGAAUGGCCUGGUCUCCCCAGAGCGGCCUCUGUGCCGCUCUCACCUCUCUAUGUCGAGAAUUUUUUUUUUUUUCCCUACCGUUCGAACUGUACUGCAUCUAUGAUCGAUGACCAUCAGGAUGGCGAAUACGUCCCUCUCUGAGGCCUCGAUGUAUAGUUGCGGGCCUCCAGGAAUUUGUCAACCGGGUUCAGCUAUAACACCUCCCGACCGCCGACAUGGCUCACCAACAGGCUGGUCAAUCCCCGCAGGAGUAUAUACGGCCCGCGAGCUGGUCCGACGCUUCGCGCCCUUGCUAGAUACCGUUGUGCAUCAUCUUGGCCCUGAUCCGCCAAAUGCAAAGCCGGCACGCAUCGUCCUGCUAGACAACGUGGCCGCCAAUCUAUCCACGGACAUGCGAGAGUCUUCACUACCCUUGUACGAUCUCUCAGACAUCAGCCGCCGCGAGAUUAGAGACCAAGCCCGUCGAAUAGGUCAGGUACUUGUCCAGUGGGCACGCGAGUACGGCGAUGAACCAUAUGACCCGGACCUAUACCUACGCGGUCCCGGCGAUGGCCAUCUUCUCCUCCCGUCCAGUCUAACAUUGAUGUAUGCCCGUUGCACCCGGCCACAUCAUAUGCAACUUCUCAAUGAAUACAUGCGUCAGAUGGUAGUUCUACGCGACGCGCUGCUUCCCUUCCAGAACUUUUACGCGGUGCCGAUCCCGGUAGAUGGCCGGGCUCGCGGCAUCCGUCACCUCGAAGCACCACGGGAAAGGUUUCUCACCACCGUAUUCGCCGGACACAUCACCCAGGCCUCUGUCGUGUCCUUAGCUCGGGCAGUGCUCGCCCCAGACCUUCCCGUCACAAUGACGGGCGGCUACGGCUUUCAGUAUACGCAUGGUCUGAUCCUCCCUGCCAUCCUUGCAGGCGGGGUGGUGCCAUAUCACUUGUUGCGAUAUGUGCCCUCUAAAAUGGAUUCUGCAGCAAUGGAGGUUCUCUUCGACUACCAUUUCCCUGAUUAUCAUGAGGCACCACGCGGAGACAUACCAGCAGGGCCGCCGACGAUAUUAACCCGCUACCCAAUUGACCUUCCGAAUCAAAAAGAGGAGCUCCAGACAGCAGGCAUAGGGCUUCAAGCAGGGUCCUCGACGUCGGCCGUUAGGGGCCUCGAGCUGCGUCUGGAGUUCAAAAACGGCGACACAGCAAGAGUAGAUGUCGGGCAAAUCGCCCGUGGACUGCGACACUCGUACGAGGCCCUCGAAGAAACACGCGACAGUACGACAAAUCAUACCGUUUUCCUGCACUCGGCGUCCGAGAUCCUUAUCCAGCCUGGAUGGGGACUGAGUACAUCCGACACGGCUGGGUUCCAUGUCAUACCAGUCGACGAUCCGACCAUUGCCUUGGCUCUGUUGGGGAAGUUGUACCCUCGGAACGUGAUCCUCCUGCCGAAUGAUGAGCAACUAGGACAAACAGAUGAUGUCGGGGAGGACUCGGAAGCGAAGUUCGUCAUCUGGGGAGGGUUUAAGAGGGGAGGACUUAAGGGUGUGUUUUAGGAUGCAUGACAUCUUUUCCUUUACACUGUCUUUUAUCCUCUUCAUCCUCUUCGCAUCUUCCCUCUUUGUCUUUUUCUCUCCACCUGUCAUUUUACAUUUAUUUAGUGGCGUGCCUUACUUUUCUUGCAUGUCCAGACUCUCUACCAACAUUGAUACCAAUCAUACAUGGUCUAGAACCAUAUUAUAGAAUAAAACGAACACAUAUUAUGAU